AUGAUGGAGGCUGGCCUGACAAAACUGACAGUGAAGGCUAAGCUCAUAACGCAAGUCAUGAAAGCUGGGCUGACAACUCAGGUGGUGGAGGCUGUGCUGAGUUCGGCUUCACAUGGCAGCUCCUCUGUUGCUUUGAUCACUGAUGGCACUGUCUCAUCCUCCACUGUCGUCAAGACUGAGAUGAUUCCUGCCUUUAGGGGUUUCUGCUGUGAGAAUGUUCAAGAAUCUACUGGGUACAGUCCUUUUGAGGAAAUAUUUGACAAAAGAACCUUAGCAGGUACUCCAAGAGGUGCCAGUGACACAAAACUAAGUAAUGGCAAGAUAUCUAAACCCUUUUUCUUUAAAACAAGGGAUAAAUUGACUGUCUUGAAAUGGGAGUUUAUGAAGCUCUUCAUCAAGUAUAUAGGGAGGGAUCUUUAUAUCUUGAAGCUACUUCCAGCCAAACCUAAGCCACAUCAAUGGGAAUACUCUACUAUAAAGGAAGAGACCUUAGCUGUGGCUAUGGUGCUGGAACACUUUGACAUCUAUGUAUCAUCAUCUCCGUGUUCAAUAACAAACAGCAUACGGUUUCCAGGAGGAGUCGGGAUUUUUGAAGCAAUAACUAAUUUUUCAGAUUUUGACAAAAAAGACAAUCAUCACUUAUUAACAGUAGAAAAAGUUAAGCAGCUGCAGCAAAUAUCAUUGUACAUGACAGUGGUUGUGAUGAGUGACGACUCAGCCUUCUUAGCUGCCUUCGUUGAAUUGUCCCUCAAGUUCCACAUAUUUGUGUGGUCAACAAGGUUGCUGAUCGUAACUCGUUCUCACAUUAAGGAACUGCAGGAUCACCAAGCAAUUCUCUCCAUGACGAAUUCUGUAUUAGUUGUUAUCAACGACGACACAGCAAAUGCCAGGUGCAGUGUGUACGUGUAUCUUCCAUACAGUCCCCGGGGAGAGAAGCCCCUACAAGUGGCCUCCUGGACCACUCAGCGUGGUCUUGUUUUUACAUCCCAUCUCCCACUCUUCCCAGACAAGUUCUCCAAAUUAUUCCAUGGACCAAAUCUGCUGUUGACGGCAGAAAAAAACACAUUUAAUAAGAUUAAAUCACCUGCCACAAGAACUUCCAGCGGCUGCAAGGUUCACUUCCGAGGUUCUGGGCCACAGCUCAUGGACUACCUCUCUAAAGCACUUAAUUUCACUUACUGCUACGUGCGGUCAUCAGACGGAGAAAGUGGCAUUAAGCUUAAUAACGGAUCAUGGACUGGCAUGGUAGGAAUGGUGAUGAGGCAGGAAGUAGACAUCGGUGCUGGCCCUUACAUGACUGAUAGAUGGAGAGCAGAGGUGGUAGACUUCACAGUGCCAAUACUGAUAGUAAGGAGGAUUCUGGCAGCUCGUGGACGCCCUGAGGUGGAUCCCUGGGGCUUCCUGUUUCCCCUGGCACCGCUGGUGUGGGCGGCCAUCCUGGCGGCGCUGAUGGUGCUUGCUGCAACACUGUUCUUCAUGUCCUUGAGUGCAUGCAACAGGAUUCAUGAGCAGAGGAACUGGUUACAGGUCACCUUCGGCUUUGUUCGCAUUCUACUGCAGCAAGAUGUGGUAGUGCCCAUCUAUUGGAGGGAGCGGGUAAUGUUGUUGGUAUGGAUGAUGGUAACGUUGGUAUUAACAAGGAGUUACGCUGGUAAUCUAAUGGCUCUCCUAGCAGUAAGACACAUCUCUCAGCCCUACCAGACGCUGAGGGACGUUGUUGACGAUCCUUCAGUUACAAUGAUAUGGUCCAAAGGCUCUGCCGUUGGCCCUUAUUUAAAGUCAGCAGAGUCUGGCAUAUACCGCGAUAUUGCUGACGCUGAGAAGGUUGGUCGACUCAUCUGGAGAACACACCCGCAGUUCCCAGAAGCAAUAGACACACUGGUGCGACGGGGUGACCAUGUCCUCAUAGACGUCGAUACUGCCAUCAGAGAUCAUCUUGCUCAAGACUUUACAAAAACAGGUCAGUGUUUUUUUUACGAGUCCAGAGAAGAGUUUCUGAAGAUAAUGUUUGCAAUGAUCGGGCCAAAGGACAGCCCACUCGUGCCAGCUCUAAAUAAGAGAAUAAUGUCGAUGACGGAGGCUGGAUUAUUUUUUCAAUGGCUCAAAACUGAAGAAAGAAACUCCACUAUAUGUUACGGUGCGCCUAACAAGAUCACUGUCAACAAAACUCUCUCCAUCAAUAAUGUUUGGGGAAUGUUUGUAAUUCUUAUCAUGGGAUACUUCCUGAGUGUAUGUGUAUUCUGUCUUGAACUUCUCGUGGGAUACCUUCUGAGUGUCUGA